AUGUUUAGUCUUCGCCAUCUACUUUCACCGUUGAGAGGAUCCGAUGAAGCAACAACAACCUCGGAGGUGCACCAACAGCAACACACUUCGACGAGUCACGAAAACAAACCUCAUUCAAAUAAUGAGUUAUUGAUCCAACGGCAACAACAACAUCCACACAAUUCAUCUCAUCAUCACCAUCCCCAUUCGACAUUAUCACCUUCCUCACCAUCACCACCACAAACAUCAACACCUAACACCACCGAUGAAUCAUCAUCAAGCAGAAGACAUUCGAGAAGAAGAAGUCUAUUAGAAUUCAUUGGUGUGAAAACCUCGGAUGAGUCCUCAUCGAAACAUUCCGAAGAGGUUGAAAAACCCAUCAUCAUUCCAUAUAACAGCAUUGGAGUAGAGUUCACAAUUGGCAAAGUGUCACUACGAAGUGAUUUGAGUUUUACUCAAUAUUUUAGUGCCUCCAUCUUUGAUACCAUGUUGACCAUUAGUGUCAAACCUAAAGAAGAGGAUGAGCUUUUAGAAGAUGAUCUUUCUAAAUUACCAUCGGUUCAAUCUUCCAGAAUUCGAAAAACCCCUCUUAGUGAUGGGUUUAUAUUCGAUUGGAAUGGAGAAAAGGUGUUAUUAAUUAUUCCACUUUCAGAAAAUGAGUUUAAUCAAGUACAAAACAUUUUUAAAUCAAAUUUAGGAAGCAAUUCGAAUCUCAACUCGUUGGAACAUGCUGCAAUGGAUUCAAAAAAGAUUCUCCCUCAUGUUGUCAUUCAAUUAGAUAAUAUUUCUAGAGCUUCUGAAUUUGUGCAUAACUAUUUGGUGAAAUGUAAUCCACAUGUCUCGUUUUUAGGUGAUUGUAAAUAUGAUCUCAACAGAUUAUUAGAUUUUCGCUCAAAAUCAGUGAAUUCAAUAGAGCUCAAUCUGAAGCGUGGAAAGGACAAAACUGGAGUUAUUUCUCUUUCAAUGCGAUUGAUCUUACCUCCAGAGAGGAAUGAAAAUAACUUGAGAAGAUCGAGUAGUGCUUCACUUUCUGAUCAUGACUCGAAAAAUUCAUUUGAAACCAUUUCAUUUGAUGAUUCGUUUAUCCUGUCACAAGGAACCACUAAAUCACACACUUCUGAGGUCGUUUAUGACAGUAAUUUUGAUUAUAAGAAAACAGGUACUGAUAAUUAUUAUGAGGAUACACACUAUGAGCUGCUUGAGUGUGUAGGUUCUGGAGCAUUUGGAAGAGUUUAUAGAGCACGAAGAAAGUCAAACAAUACAAUUGUUGCUAUUAAGAAAAUUGCUUGUGGUAAUAUUAACAAUGCAAAUGAUGCACUCGUUGAAUUUUGGCCUGUUCGUAACAUCAAUCAUCCUUAUCUUGUUCGAAUUGAGGAUAUUUAUUUUGCAAAACAAGCAGAAGAUUACACUUCAUUAUUUGAUUUGUGUCUUGUGAUGGAAUAUCUAGAUUGUGGAGAUUUAGAACAUUUCAUAUUGGAACACAAGCAACAACAUCAAUCCAUACAACAAGCUCAUUUACUUUCUCUGUUUAUUCAAAUGGCAUCUGGGUUGAAUCAUCUUCACAAUAAUGGACUUUUGCAUCGUGACAUAAAGCCCAAGAAUAUUCUUUUAGAGAAUAAGGGUAAGAAAUGCAAAAUUGGAGACUAUGGACUUGUGUAUAAUUUAAGAUCCUUUUCUAAUUUCAAUGAAACACUUUCUUCGUGUGGCACAAAAAAGUAUCAAUCUCCUGAGUGUCACAUUGGAGCUAAGGACAUUUGUGAGUCUCCUCCACAGAGUGCUAAAAGUCUUCAACCACAAUCUAACCAACCAUCUGCAUCCCCUCAAACCUCUCACUCACUGUUUAUGAAUUAUAUUUAUGCAUCUGAUAUAUGGUCACUUGGAAUUGUCUUUCUAGAAACCAUAUCAUGUGAUCUUUUAGAAAUUUCUCCUUUCAUUUCAGUCAUGAAAAAUCCAAGCAAUUUCUAUGAAGACAUUCGAACGAAAUGUCAACACUACCAUAUUGGUUUUUCAGAGCUUAUCAUUUCAAUGCUGAGUCAAAACCCAAGAGAUCGACCAGACUCAGAAACAGUACUAAAUCAGCUGAUUUCCAUUAAGAAAGAACUCUAUGGGCAUGAAAAGACAGUGAAAAUUCAUCCAGUCAUUGAAAUUCAUAGACAGUUAUUAUCUGUUGGUAAAUCAUUUAAGGGUCUUCUAGAACCUAUUCUUCCAAUUCAUGACGACGACGAAGAAGAAGAAGAACGUCAUCAUCACAAACAUUCAACAAACAAGAAGGAGUCGAAACAAUCAGCAACUCCAGAACCCAAAUCUCAUCAAAAAUCAUUCUCAUUACUUUCCACAACCACAGGUGGAUCCGUCAGCUUUAGAGGUCUCUUUUCCGGACUCCACAAUAAGAACGAUGACGACAACAAUGACGACUUGCCUCCGAAAAUUGUCUCCGAGCAACAACAACAACAACAACCAUCAGGGAAAUCGGAAGCCCAGACCAUACCCCACCAACAUUCUCCCCCAUCUCAACCAAGCAAACAAGAUCCUAAAAUUGUAGAGAGCGUGUUUAAUUUUGGGCUUUGGUGA